AUGAGAAUUUGCGUCAUCAUCGUCAAGAAUCAAGGAAGAACGUUCACAGUUCCCCCGGGUGUCCUUAUGCGCGUUACUUUGGGCAAAGAAACGGUUUCAGGUAUUUCUACCAAGGCUUCGCUUAAGUUUUAUAGCUGUAGCUUUUCGGAAAUGGAGAAGAAGAACGUUCACAGUAGGCCGUACACCGUACGCCAGGUCUGA